CGAUUGUCACGAAAUGUCAAUGUAUCGAUACUUUUGGCGCCGGCAGAGCAAACAGCGUUGUUAUUUCGCACAAAACUAAGAAAAAGACAAAUUGUAAACAAUGGCAAGUGAGGAUUUGUUUCAAAAUGAUUACUCCGAGGAUCCAGACUUGGAGCAAGAGUUGCAGAAGACCGAUGAAAUGAAUAUAGACGCAGUUGAGUCCGAUAAUGAUGAGCCGACUGAACCAAAUGGCCCAACAACAAAUUCCGCAAGUGAAAAUCAUCCGGAAUCCACUGGCAAUGAACCAAACAAAACAACUAGUAAUGGCGAAAAGCCGUCUGAUGCUGAACCCGAAGCUAAAUUGACACAUUUACCGAUGGCUCGCAUUCGCAACAUAAUGAAACUUGAUCCAGAUCUGCAGAUAGCAUCCAAUGAAGCCGUAUUUGCAGUAACCAGAGCCGUCGAAUUGUUUAUAGAGUCGUUGGCACGAGAGUCCGUCUCCUAUACGGCACAGUCCAAGAAGAAAACUAUCCAGAAGAGGGACGUGGAUCUGGCUAUAUCCGCCGUGGACAGCCUUAUGUUCUUGGAUGGCGCCAUGAAUUUUUAAAUAUUUAUUGAAAUUACGUGAUAAUAAAGUUAUGUGUAAGAAAAAGCCA